AUGGGUCUGUUGUCGGUGGAGGUUACUUUUCUGGUACUGUUGACCGGAUCACAGGGGAUGUCUGCAACGUGCAUGGAACGGGAAGAGCAUAUACUUCGCUAUUUAAUUUCAUCACAGCCGCCAUAUGAUAACUACUACAAUAUUUCUAAAGCUGUUUAUCCGUCUGUGGAUUUGCCUUCUUUGCUAAUCAAGAUCACUGUUACGUUCCUAAAUGGCAGCAGCAAUCUCACUCAUUUAGCCGGAUCCUCCCGAUCUCCGAUCAACGGUAGUACUUCAAACAUCUCACAGACAGGGAAAAAUGUCCACGAAAAUAUUACGACAUACAAGUUCACGUGGAGUGCAUCCUGUUUGUAUGUCGGUGGAGGAAACAUAAGCUUGACUUCCAUGAAUGUGUUUUCUUUGUGGGCUAUUUAUCCAAACAGGCGAGAAAGACAGCUACACUUAACAUUGCCACAGUUCUGCAGGGGAUUUUCUGCUGACACCAUGAUCUACUUCCUUUCUACGGUAGGACUUUUAGCCAUUUCAUUAUUGUUGUUAACUUACCACCAUCAUCAUCAUCACAAACAUCAUCAUCAUUAUCAUUAAGGGCUGGAGGAACAUACUGAGGUGCAAUCAAAGCAGCAGUGAUUACCCUUUUUGUUUUUAAGAACUGAUUUUCUUCUACAUUUCCCUUAAGUGAUCUCCUGGAGAUAGAGAUGUCUUUCCCCUCACCUGACCCCUGUCUAACUUGCCUUCUCAAAAAUAGCUGAUACAGAUAUAGCUUACACUUCAAAAUUUUUCAAUUCAUACUGUAAAAUAUUAUGCAUUUUCAAAUCAUAAAUCUGUCUCAGUGAAUGCCUUAAAAUAUUAGUGGCACUGGUGUCCUUUGUAUGGAAACAUAGAAUAUUGAGCCUCUCUGUGGGUACCAAUGGAAGUCAUUUUCAUCGCACGACCAAUCAGAAGCAGUUUAGACAGAUCUGGGUGGUUACACAUCAUUAGUAUGAAAUUGCUGUGGUUGUUCCUCAGGUGUCAUUUCGUGAGGAAACCACUGGUGGUGUCCUGAUAAUAGAAAGAUUUAGAGUCACAUUAAUGGCAAACAGCAAACAUGAAUUUGUUCAUGUACCACAUGACCAAGUUUUCCCUUAACCUCUGCUUUACUGUUCAUUAUUGCUAACCCAAAAUUAGUAGCUUCACAUUAGUUUUGUUUAUGGCAAUUGUUUUCAGCAGUUUUCAGCUUGUCAUUUCUGUUUUGUGGAAUUCUCAACAUUUUCCAUUUGCCGUAAACAUCACUCAAAUUUCUCUAAAUAUCGUUAAGGGCAAACACGACUCAUAAGCUUGUGAUGAUGUGAAACAUGACCUUGGAAUUUGUUGGAACAACAGGUUUUCCCUCUUUUCUUUCCCCCUGCUGUGUUUGGACAUAAAAACUAAUUUUGAAUGAGCUAAUCUUACUUUUGCCGCACUGAGUCUUACAUUAUUGAAGGUGAUUCAUGCCCUUGCUUGUGGGCGUAGGUGGCCAGAAGAGCCAGAACAACGGACUGGUAACAGGUACUUUAUUUUUCUCCUCCCGUCACCACUCGCCUCAUGCAAAAUGCCACGUUCGCCUCACUUGGCUCAUAAAGCACCUGAUAUGGAGGCUAGGGCAGCAUCAUUAGUAUCAGUAUCAUCAGUAGUAGCAGCAGCAGCAGUAAGUAGUACAUACCCAGUAGCAACAGCAGUAGCAGCACAGUAGGAGGAAGAACAGCCACAGUAGCGGAAACAGCAGCAGUAGUAGUUUUUGUCGUUAUUUUGGUUUUGUCAUUUUUCAAGAUUUUAGGCAAGUGUUUGAGAGUGUUUGUUUUAGUAAUGCUGUUCUUGAUUUGAUUUGCAGUUGCAGGACAUAGCUAUAUCGCCAAAUAAUCCUGAUCCUAGUCUAAACACAGUAGAGUGUGUUACCACUGGUCAUGGGAAAGCUCCACCAUUUCCUGAUUGGAAGAAUCUGCUUCAUGAAGUGUGCUGGUACAUUCUGUUCAUAAGUUUGUUAUUCAGUCAAGUUGCUUCCCAGUGGCUUAUAGUGCAGCUAAGGGAGUGGAAGAUUAAAACGUAUAGCAGCGAUGUUGAAGCAGAGAAAAGGAAAAAUGACAGCCAAGUUGCAGCUGUAAUGUUGUUAUCUAUCGUUGUUUUUAUUACCGGACUUUCCUCUAUUUUUUUUGCCUGGAGUCGUUCCACUCCUAAGCAAGAUUAUUACGUGUGGGCAUUCUUCAUAUCUGCGAUUCUUGUACUUGCGCGGAGGGCACUUUGGUGUUUCUUACGUAUCUAUAAAAGCGAUAAUAUUGAUCUAUACAAGUUGAGCUUAACUAAGGGCCAUGAGAGUGACCCAAGCGGAAAUGUUAUUUCCUUCUUCACACUUUACCCAGCAAUAUUCAUGGCUUGCCAUCAUUUCCUGUGGAUAUUGCUGGGCGUCAUUACAGAACCAUUUUGGGGUAUUUCAGUUUUAGUGGUUGUCAUUUCUGUUUCUGCUAUUCUCGUUUUCUUUUUUUAUGAUUUUUACGAAUAUUAUCUUUCCCAUGAAUGUAUUGACCGCGAGUGUGAAAGAUGUUCUGCACGUAGAGGCCGGCGACGUGAGUACUGGUUUCCGUUUUUUAUGUCGCUAUUUCUUGUUCUAGGAAGUUGCGUUGCAUCUGUACUCUUAAUAAUUGUUCUGUUAGUAGUUGCACAGUCGUUCCUUAGUGAGAGCCUUGUUUCCACGUUAGUUCAAAAUGGUUUGGUGUUUUUCUCAACUUUGUGGCUUGGAUAUCUGAAGCUA